GACACCGGUGGCCUGAGCAAUAAUUAGCGAUAAAAGAAUUUAAAUAUACAUAUAUAGAUAUCUGAAUAAUAAAAAAUGAUUACAAUUUACACAACUGUACAUAUUCAAUUAUUAUUUACAACUUGUAUUAAUACGUUCCGUUAAAUUUGCUGGAACUUAAUUUCAGCCUGUGAAAAUCUGAAAGAGAUAGCGCACAAAGAUGCAUCGUACAUAUUUCGAAAAUAUUUAUUUUUAAAUAAUAUCAUUGUAAUAUUCUUUAAAUUAAAGAAUAACAGAAACUCUCUGAUUCCAAGAAUUGCUGGAAUUACAAGUUGGACACAUUAUAAAUUUCCAAGUACAAACUCGAUCCGACAAUAAAUCCAAGUAUGUAUGUAAAUAUAUACAUACAUACAUACAACGAUUGCAAGCAACGAUAUCUUCAGUCCGCUCGUGCACGUAUUUUCGUUUUGUAGGUUCGUCUUCCGCGCACAUUUUAUAUCGAUUCCGCAGGGAUAUUUUACAUCGAUUUCAGAUAGGUAGACCGGCAAGCAACGAUCGCGAUCAACGGGAAAAGCGAUCGUAGGGGAGACGUCGUCGAUGCCUUCUUAAAAUACUUCUUUUAAUGAGUCCAAUGCUCGCAUUCCCGGCAAUCGUUUCUAUGCAAAUCUGAUGGUAUACAGAUGACGUUUCGCGGUAAGAUCGCGGUUGAUCCUCAAGUAAAGCAGCAACGGCAAAGGUAAACGCUUAUCCCUCGACGGCGUUGCGUCUCAAACGUAUCUUGGUAUCUGGGACGCAAAGCGUCUAGAAAUGCGACUAUUUUACGCGAGCGACGGAGGAGCAAAUCUGAUGACAUGUUGAAUCGCAGUAACAGACGGGGCUAUUCAUAAUUCUGGGGGCGAAAUCACCGGCACCAUUACGACGCUCAAGAGUAAAGUUCCGUCGCGACACCGACGGAAGAUCGAUGCCGCUAUGCCGGCCUCGCCGGCCUCGCCGGCCUCGCGGAAAAUGGCAAUUCCGGCCGGCAGGAACUUUGCCAGCUGCUACAUGGAGCUGUGUAAGCAACAACGAUUACGACCAUUGCCGGUGAUAUGUGUAACUCUGCCGCACAGUCUGGACUUCACUACCGAUCGCAUCAAGAUGGACGACUGGGGACCGAUCCUGAAUUCCCUUUCUCUCGACCGCUCGCUCAAAUCCAUCAGCGUGCAUAGCAGGUUGCAAAUCGAUAUUAGUCCGUUGAUCUUUAUGUAGUGUCGUUCAAAGUGUCAUUUGACACGUAAUAGCCGUAUCACGCUAGCGGUUCGCGUUGCCGUUGCCGUUGGCUGCUGCGUCUCGACCAAUCAGAGAAUACUUUGCUAUUCUCUGAUUGGUCGAGAAUACUUUGCUAUUCUCUGAUUGGUCGAGACGCAGCAGCCAAUGGCAACGCCAACGGCAACGCCAACGCGAACCGCUAGUGUGAUACGGCUAUUAGACAAUUUCUCUUAAAUGAAAUUGUUUCUUUAUUUUAAAUUUGUACUCUUCUUGAAAAAUUCAUAUAUCCUAAGGUUGCAAGCAAAUUUUUUGGAAAUUUCACUAAAACAGACGUUGUCGAACUUGUCAUACACAUCUAUGCUGUCAAUCUCUGUCAGGUAUCAAUGUCGCAAACCGUUGGAAGAGAUAAAUUCGGAGGACAAGGCGCGAGCGAUGGGUAAGGCUCC